AUUAAUUUGAUUUAUUAAUUAAAAAAAAUCCAAAAUUAACGAGGUACCCAUAUAUAAACGGGUUAACAAUGAUAACUUCUAAGAAGAUGACGACAAUCCGUGAACCGGCUCAACAAAAACGACAACGACAACAAGAAAACGACAAUCCCAACAACUCUUCUUUGUUCUUCCGAUGCGCAGACCUACUCCUUCCAUGGCUAACCCCAACAGAGCUCGCCAACGCUUCACUCACUUGCAAAACCCUCAACCACAUUGCCAAAUCCGUCACCGCUCGCCGCUGCUCCGACGCUUCCAGAAGCCUCGAGAAACUCCCAAUCCCAUGUUCGAACUCAGUCGAUGACCAAUUAUACCCAUACUUCUUCUAUACCCCAUCUCAAAUCCCACCUUCCCAAUUCCCGCAACGCCAAUCUUGGGGCUCCAUUUCAGCCGCGGACCCCAGUUCGACUGGUCGGUUCGGAGUGGAGUGGGUGAGUUUGGUGGACGAGUCGGGUGGGUGCGACUGCGAGAGGUGUGGGGAUGAUGGCCAUUACAGGUGCCCGUGUUUGAGGUUCGAUGGGUUGGAGGAUUUGGUCAGUGAGUGCGGACCGAGUUGUGGGUGUGAGUUGGAAUGUGGGAAUCGGUUGACUCAGAGAGAGGUUUCGGUACUGUUGAAGAUUGUGAAAGAUAGUAAGAAAGGAUGGUGUGUGUGCUCUGCUCAGUCGAUUUCUAAGGGCCAAUUCAUUUGCGAGUAUGCAGGGUCAACUUUGUUCGCGUACUUAAGGUAUAAUGGUGUUUGGGAGCGUGGAGGUAGAGAUUGGGUUUUUAAUGGAGCCGAAAAUUUAACGUUCGAGUUGGAGAAGGACAUAACUUACUCACAACUUGUUGAACUUCUGUACUCAGAGCUGGAGGUUGACAAAGUACAGUAUGACCUGAAAUUAGAAGUGAAUUAUAAGUACAUGAAAGGGUUAAUGUAUCGGCCUGAACUUAUAAGGAAUGACAAGGGUGUAAGCUUACAUUUGUCAAUGCUUUUGAAGAAGCCAGAUGAAUUUGUUCCCUUUUUUGUGACUUUGGUGGAGAAGAAUAUCAUUGUUGAUCGUAAUCCUCCACCAAGUACUGUUAAGGAUACUCGUAGUGAGGUUGGGACUUAUGUUCCAGAAACAAAUCCGGAGGUGCUGGUAGCCACUGCUAUACCUGAAUCAAACCCUUUCAUACCAACAGUUGACCAUGUAGCACAGAUGCCAUUUCAUGAUGAUUUUCCUGAUUGUCCUGACCCUGAAAAUGAUUUUGAGGGCAAUGACGACCAAGAAACAGAGGUCCGUUCUCAAGCUUUGAGCCUGAGUCCACUGUCGUACCAAAUACCGAGGCAAACAACAUGUAGAAGUAGACCCCGUAGAGAAGAUCGCCAAACACCUGGUACUAGUAGUAGUCGUCCAGACGGAACAAAUGAUGCUAGAGAAUUUAGUGAUCCACUCUCUUCUUCGACAUAUUAUAGUAAAUUCAAAGCUCAGAUGUUUACAAGAGAAGACAUUGAGAAUAAUAGUCACUAUAUAUCUAUGGGUGGCACAUCGGGCGGGGAGAUUCAUUUAGGAAAGUUUUUCAGAGACAAGGAACAUUUAAAGAAGGUUGCUGGCUUGUUUGCAAUGAAGAAGGGAUUCGACUUCAUAGUUAAGAAGUCUGGUAUUGAUGUUUGGUAUAUUACAUGCAAGGAUCCUGAUUGUGGGUGGAGGUUAAGAUGGAAGAAGAAGCAACUUUCUAACAUGUUCAAGGUGACAGCAUUUGAAAAUGUACACACAUGUUCCCUCGAUGUUCGAAAAAAAGAUAACCGUCAAGCAUCACCUUUGGUAGUUGCCGAACUGAUCAAGGAUAAAUUCUCAGUUAACGGUUCAGAUUAUUUAGCCUCCAAAAUAAGAGAAGAUAUGAAGAAUUCUUUCGGGAUCGAAAUGAGUUAUGAGAAGGCUUUGAGAUGCAGAGAGAAAGCACUCCACAUAGUUAGGGGUACGCCUGAAGCUUCAUAUUCGAAGUUACCUGGGUACUUGCACAUGCUGCAGUUGAACAAUCCUGAUUCCAUUACUGAUUUCAAGGUAGACGAGGGUCGCUUCAAGUAUUGCUUUUUUUCUCUGGGUGCUUGUAGGCGGGGAUUCAAGUUUUGUCGACCUGUUAUAUGUAUUGAUGGGUCCUUCUUGAAAACUAGGUAUGGUGGCCAAAUGUUGUGUGCCGUGGCAUUGGAUUCAAACAGCCACAUAUUUCCGAUUGCUUUCGCAAUAGUUGACAGUGAGAACCACGACUCUUGGACCUAUUUCAUGAGGAAGUUGAAACAAGCGAUUGGUGAUGUUGAGAACUUAGCAUUCGUAUCGGAUAGGCAUCAAAGCAUUGUUCAUGCUUUGGAACUUGUCUUCCCUGAUGCACCCCAUGGCGCAUGCUACCACCACAUUAUUAUGAACGUGGCUAGCAAGUUCAAGACUGAUUGCUUCACGGAUCAUAUUUACAGUUGUGCAUACUCGUAUAAGAAGACAGAUUUUGAAAGAGAAUUUGAGAAGAUAAAAGCAAUGGAUGUUCGAGUUGCACUAUAUCUUGAGGGCAUUGGAUUUGAAAGAUGGGUUCGUGCGUACUUUCCAGGGGACCGUUACAAUGUAAUGACAAGUAAUUGGGCUGAAAGUUUCAGCAGCAAAACUAAGGACGCAAGAGUCUUCCCGAUCACUGCUUUUGUUGAAUUCAUCAGGUUUACUAUUCAAACAUGGUUUGCUACUCGAAAGGAAAACGCUGAAAAGUGUAGCACGACUCUAUCACCAGUUAUGGAGGGGGACUUGUCAUGUCAAUUUGAGAAAUCUCGGUUCUUAAGCGUCGACAGAGCUGGACCUUAUACAUUUAAUGUCCACCCCGGAGGAACAGUUCAGAGCGGUGGUAUAGUUGAUUUGGAGGCACGACAAUGCAGUUGCGGCCUAUUCCAAAUCAUGAAGAUUCCUUGUCCACAUGCAUGUGCUGCUGCUCAAGAACGAAAUAUUAGCAUGUACGCAUUGUGCUCUCAAUAUUACACAAGAGAGAGUUGGAAGAGCACAUAUGAGGGGACAAUUAUGCCAGUUGGUGAUGAGGAUGAUUGGGAAUUGUCUGAAGACAUUAAGAACAUCCAAGUUGGAGUACCGAUUGAGAAGAAACCUGUCAUCCGACCGAAGAAGCAAAAGGUCGGACGAAUUAGGAAAAAUCGAUAUCCUUCUAAUGGAGACAAGGUUGUGAUACAACGAUGUUGUAGCAAGUGUGGUGGUAAAGGGCACAACAAAGCGUCUUGCAAGUACCGAGGUUAACUUGUUUUGUUUGUAUUCUAGUUGACCUAUUAUGUUUUAUUUCUGCUUGAACUAGUAAUAUUUGUUAUGUGCUGGAUUUUGCAGGUUUUUUUCUGUUUUUUUCUCCAUUAUGAAACUCUUAAAUAUGUAAUAAUCCAGUGUUGGUUCGAUAGUGCACGAUAUUGUUUGUUGUAUGAUUAUUUAAAUGUAUCUUACAAUAUGGUACGACGUUGCUCGAUGUAGUACGAUAGUUAAUGUACAACAUUAGGGUACGAUAAUGUACGAUAUUGGUCCGAUAAUGGUACGAUGGUAUGGUUUCAGUACAGUUCGUGAAAUUUGUGAGGCAUGUGAGGGUACGAUAGAGUACGAUAGUGAUCGACGAUAGUACGAUGCAAAGAUUAAGCACAUUAAAAUGUAGUAAUUACAAAAAGAGCAAUCAAAAAAAUUAUACAAUUCAAAAAAAUUAAGACCGUUCAACAUAAGUUUUGGUAGAAUA